GGCGUGUUGAAGUAACGGGUGUAAAGUGCGGUCUGUUCUGCGAUUCGGUGCUGAUAGUGUCUUGGAUAGAUCUGGGGCUCAAUUCGAAGAAUACCCAGGAAUUUAUACGGAAUUAUGAAAUUGGUUGCACUUUGUUUUUACUUUCUGGUGAUCGCAUGGGUGAAAGUGAGUUCCCGUCCGACAAAUGAGGACUACCAGAAAAUUGAAAUUGAAUCAAUCCUCAACGCAAAGGAAGGCAAUGGAACGAUCUAUUUACAUGUGCUAUCCGACGGUACGAUGAUUCUACGAAAAACUUACAGUAAGUUGGUGAAUGGCGCUACGGUUACGGUAGAGGAAGGUUCAUUCUCAUUCAUCGGCUCAGAAGACAAGCUUGUUUACAAGACCACCUACAUUGCGGAUGAACGUGGUUAUCGGGCAAAACAUACGAUUUCUAACACGACCGAACCCUUCGUAGAAGAUUCCAUCGAUCCGAAAGUGCUCAUAUCUCUCCUCGGAAAAUAGCUCACGCACCAAUGAGACUGCUAAAACUAGUUCUAAAAUAACUUCAAAUACUCGAUUUAAAAUAAAAACCGUACCACUUAGGAGAAUCCCCUGCUUAUAUAACCUUUGAUCUGAUCACUCAACAUCAACAUCCGAAAAACAGCGAACCCCUUCUAAAUGAGAGAUGCAAAGGUUCAAGAAUGAAACUGGACCAGUGGCAUCAAGUUUACCUGACCCUGUGUCACCCAGCUAGAAGGCGAGAUCAAGCUCAUCAACCAGACUACCUGACCAGCAUCUACCCUCAAUGAGAGUUUAAGACACUUAACAGCACCUCGGACAAUAAACACGUGUUA